AUGAAGAUUAUUAAUUAUCUCCCGUCUCUAUUCUUCUGUCAUCAUAUUUUUCUUUUUUCUUUUUUUACUCAUUUUCUUCACCGAUCAGUCCCUUUUCCGUGUAAAAAAUCGCACAUCCAGAUAAAUAAUAUUUUCUUUCUUUUUCUUUCUUUCUGUCUUUCUUUCUUUCUUUCUUUCUUUCUUUCUUUCUGUCUUUUUUCUUUCUUUCUUGCUUUCUGUUUUUCUUGCUUUCUGUUUUUCUUGCUUGCUUUCUUUUACUUUCUUUCUUUUUCUUUCUUUCUUUCUUUCUUUCUUUUUCUUUCUUUCUUCCUUUCUUUCUUUCUUUCUUUUACUUUCUUUCUUUCUUUCUUUCUUUUACUUUCUUUCUUUCUUUCUUUUACUUUCUUUCUUUCUUUCUUUCUUUCUUUCUUUUACUUUCUUUCUUUCUUUCUUUUACUUUCUUUUUUCUUUCUUUCUUUCUUUCUGUCUUUUUUCUUUCUUUCUUGCUUUCUGUUUUUCUUGCUUGCAUUCUUUUACUUUCUUUCUUUUUCUUUCUUUCUUUCUUUCUUUCUUUUACUUUCUUUCUUUCUUUCUUUUACUUUCUUUCUUUCUUUCUUUCUUUCUUUUUUUUUUUCUUUCUUUUUCUGUUUUCUUGCUCGCAUUCUUUUUACUUUCUUUCUUUUUCUUUCUUUCUUUCUUUCUUUCUUUCUUUUUCUUUCUUUCUGUCUUUCUUUCUUUCUUUCUUUCUGUCUUUUUUCUUUCUUUCUUGCUUUCUGUUUUUCUUGCUUUCUGUUUUUCUUGCUUGCUUUCUUUUACUUUCUUUCUUUUUCUUUCUUUCUUUCUUUCUUUCUUUCUUUUACUUUCUUUCUUUCUUUCUUUUUCUUUCUUUCUUUCUUUCUUUCUUUUACUUUCUUUCUUUCUUUCUUUUACUUUCUUUCUUUUUUCUUUCUGUCUUUUUCUUUCUUUCUUUCUGUUUUUCUUGCUCGCAUUCUUUUACUUUCUUUCUUUUUCUUUCUUUCUUUCUUUCUUUUACUUUCUUUCUUUCAUCCUUUUUCAUUCUUUCUUUCUGUCUUUUUUCUUUCUUUCUUGCUUUCUGUUUUUCUUGCUUUCUGUUUUUCUUGCUUGCUUUCUUUUACUUUCUUUCUCUUUCUUUCUUUCUUUCUUUCUUUUACUUUCUUUCUUUCUUUCUUUUACUUUCUUUCUUUCUUUCUUUAA